UGAAGUCACGUAUGUUGUUUCUGCAUCAGCCCUCAGUACAGUCAUCUCGCCAUGACUCUGCGGAGGGCUUUCAACGCUGGAGCUUCGCUUCCGCAUCCCACCAAUCUUUCUCUCGCCAUCAUCUUCGCAUCUUUUCUAUCAGACCCGAUUUCCUCUUUAUACCUCAUUUUAUGCUCAAUGUGCCUGAUCUACGAUGAACCGACCUGAUGAAACUUGAUUGGCAGGCUCUCCUCGUCCCUUGAUCUCCCCUGGCCAACUUCUUGGACCUCCUCACGUCAUGCUGCAUCAGCCUCGCCGUGCCCUGGACGGCUCUGGGCCAGGUUGUUUCGUCAAGUCUCACGUCGUAUAUACACACUCCAUAUUGUCCAUCUUAUUUCUUCUUGAGUGGUUCCUUACAUCUUCAUUUUCCUUUGGUUCAAAAAUAUGUCGCAGAGAAUGCGAAUUAUCUUCGUGGUCUAAUGCGCCCCUUCCUAUUUCCUUCAAGUCACGACCUUCAACAGCCAUGCCCGCACUCAGGCGCGAACUCUCGUGGUUAAGUCCGAAGCGCAGACGCACGACCGGGAAUCUCCAUGGCGGAACCGCGAUGAAUGGUCAAGCAGGCGUCGCAGGCACCGAUCCCGUCCGAUCAGCUUCCACCAAAUCGGCGUCAGAGCGACACCGGCGACCUACGACGCUGCAUCGCCCCCUUACGCUACCUGAUGUCGUUGGCGCGGGAGGUGAUGACGUGGUAGAGGAUGAGGAAGAGAGAAAGUUCUUCUACGCUUAUGCGCGAAAGAAGGAAAAUCUGCAAUCCCGGUACCUCCUAACGUUCGCCUCUGCCUCUGUAGCGAAUGAGUGGUGGCUGCUACUUCAAGAGCACUUCAACGAUGUGUCGCGGCUGGGACCGCAACUGUUUAGCUUCGGUGGAGAAGACGAGGAAGGGGAUCUGCUCGCGAAGAUCUGGAACCAUCCCUCUUUUGCGCAUCUGAAGAGCAAGUGGAUGUACAUCUCCUUUUCUGAUGCUGCGAGGGAAGGCGCGGCGCAAGGAGCGCUGGUCCCAUUCCAGAACGAUUGGGGAGAUGUGCUUGCGAAGGGUGGCGAGGAUGAACCGGUGUCGUCGAAAGAGGUAAAGAGAGAAGUGAAGAAGGAGGUGGCGGAGGUUAGGAGUGAAGUGGGCAGAUUGGAGGAGUAUAUUGCUGGCAUGAUGGAGGCGCUGGAGAGGAAUACACAAAAGUCGGCAGAGCUGGCUGCUAAGAUUGUUGGACGGGAGUCGUUGAGAGGAGCUGAAGGCACGAAUGCAGCCGAUGGAAAGGCCGCCAAGGCGACGAGCCGUAUCAGCCCAGCCCUGGCCUUUGACAUGGACGCUUUGGCCGCGCAUUUCGCUCAGCUAAACCAAACGCUCGAGAAGAACUCGCAGAACGUCGAGGCACUAGCGAAGCAGCAUUACGAAGGCGAGCAGCGACUUCGCGAAAUGCUGGAGGCUACUGUAUCAACACACGACAGCGACCAGCUGGAUAUGCAACGCCUGUCCGCGCAUCUGGACCGCAUACAAGCAAUGAUGGAAGAAUCGACGAGAGACCGGAAGGACAGCGCCCGAGAGAUGGUGGAAGCGGCUCGCCCGGUCGAUUUCUCGCCUUUGACGCAGCGGCUGGAGAACGUGCUGGAGGCUGUUGAGCAGAACUCAGCAUUGGUUAAGGAGCUUUUGGAGGGAGGUAGCUAUGCAUCUGAGGUGAAGAAGCCUCCGCCUCAGAUGGACAUGUCACCUCUUUUGGACUCCCUCCAACAGAUCCACGUGGCUAUCGAGCAGCAGAGCGAGCAUACCAAAGCAUUUGCUCAGAAUGCGAGCACAGAGCGAGAGAGCAACAGUUCUGGGCAAGAUCGAGUCAUCACCUCUCUCGGCGAACGUCUUGAACAGGUCCACAACGCAAUCGAAGAAGGCAACAGACAUGCGAGGGAACCCCGGCAGGAAUUCAAUCUUGAACCAUUGGAGCGACACUUGGAGGUCCUGAAAAACUACGGCGAGAAGCACAACGGCCACUUGGAGCGGUUGGUGGAAUCACAGAAUGCCACACGAGAGGCAGUAGAGGCAGGUCGAGGAGGACACGAAAUCUACCUUUCGCCUUUGGUUGAGCAUGCGGAAGCCACGACGCAGUCGAUGGAAGCCAACACGGAAGCGGUGCAGCGUCUCGUCAACAUGCAUUCGGAGCGAGACGAGACUCAUUUGAGUCCCCUGCUCCAGCACGUCGAAGCCGUAAGGCAGUCAAUGGAGGCCAACACAUCAGACGUCCGACACCUAGUCGAAAUGCAAUCGGAGCGAAGCGAAGAGCAAGACUCAGAACUCUCCCACCAUCUCACCACACUCCACACCCUGACCACGCAAAACGCCACGCAGCUCCAAAGCCUCAUGAAACAACAAACCACCACCACCACCUCCGCAACUAAAGUCCACUCCGCCGUCUCAGAGACCAGCACGCAAUUGCGCCGACUCCUCGAGCGAAACAAAGACCACGAAAUCAAGCUAGAGGCGCAGAACAGUCAAAUGCGCGAGGUCAUGUCGGGACAACGGGAGAUGGUGGAGGUGAUGCGGCAGCUGGCUAAGAGUCUGGUUGCGCACGAUCAGCGCGGGUGCGGGCAUGUGGUUGUGCCGCCGCCGCGGAAGAUGAAUCGGAAGUUGGUGGGGUUUGUGUAUGAUACGAAGGAGGGGGCGAAUUGAUUAUUGGCUUGCUGUGAUGGUUUGUGAGAAGGAUGGUUGGGUGAAGAGAGAGAUGUUUGUGUCUGUCUGCUUGGCCAGCCACGUGAAGCUGGCCUGCAGACCCCGCUCUCGCCAAGUGCGCUUAGACCUGAGACAUGCCACUGCACUUCACAGCAGGCAGAGUCACACACCA